AUGAUUUUAUUAUUUAUUUUACAAUUUUAUUUUUUUUUAAUAUUAGUACAAUCAAAAUUCUAUGAAACAGAUCGAAAAAAUUCAAAUGAUUUUUUAAAAACAAAAAUUUCUUUUGAAAAUACAUAUGAACAAUCAAAAGAAAUAAUUGAAACACAACGUGAAUCAUGUCUUGAUGAAUAUCAACAACAACAUACAUUCUAUCGACGUCAUCAAAAAUUAUCUUCAUCUUGUCAACAAUAUUGUACAGAAACAAUGGAUUGUCAACAAGAAAAUGAACAAUCAGCUUGUAUAAAUCCAUCAUGGCCAUCAAGAACAUUAAAAUUUGUAAAAAAAUUUCGACGUAUUUGUUAUAUAAGAAUUACAGAAAUUUUACGAUAUGAACUAGCUGAACAAUUGUGUCAACGAUAUGGACUUCAAUUAGCUAUCAUUGAUAAUAUUCCGUUACUUGAAUAUUUAAAACAAACGAAUAUGUUUAAUACAACAUGUAAAGGUCCAUGUCCAGAAACAAGAGGUUACUAUAUUGGAUUAAGACGAUAUAUAGAUGAAAAUGGUUCAUCAUUAUCGAAAUGGAUUUGGUCGAAUAAUGUAACAUGGACACAAAAUGAAACAGAUUGUGAUGAUGAAUAUUCUGAAACAUCUUUUGCUAAUUCAACUUUCUUUUGUUAUAUGGGAUCAGAUGGACAAAAGAAAGUUACAGUAUGGAAUACUGGUGAACCAAAUAAUCAUCGAUCGAAUGCAUUUCAAAAAGAUGAACAAUGUGUGGAAAUUAUUGGACGUCCAGAUAAAACUGGUUCAUAUGAACAAAUAGGAAAAUUAAAUGAUAUUUCAUGUAUUAAUCCAACAUUAGGUGUUAUAUGUCAAAUGGAUGAUCUUAAACCAAUUAACAGAACACAAUUUAAAUAUUUUGCAAAGAUUAUUGGAUUUAAUGAAACUGAAAAUGAAGAAAAUGAUUUAUUAAAUAAUUUUUUAUUAAAUUUUAAAGAUUCUUUUGUAUCUAAUCUAGCUUCUAUGGCAGUAAUGACUGAUGCACUUGAAAAAUUACUUGUUUUACCUUCAUUUACAAUUGAACAAGCACAUAAUGUAUUAAAUAUUUUCAAUCAACUUAUUAAUAUUACAGAACAAAUUGAAAUUGAAAAUUAUUCAUUGAAAAUAAUAACUAAUAAGUAUAGAUUACUUCAUUUUCUUGAUUUAUUUACAACAAAAAUUCAAAUUGAUAAUAAUGAACAAAUAACUUCAUUUCAAUAUAAUAAUAUGAAUACAUCUUUAAUAAAUAUAAAUUUUAAUCAAUGGCAACAAGAUAAUAAAGAUAGUGAAUGGUUUACUAUAACAUCUGAUCAUUAUCCAAAUAGUAUUGUUGAACUUAAUAUGCGAACAUUACGAACACAAAUAGAAUCAAUUGAUAAUUAUCGUAUAAUUAAAAUAGUAUUCUCAAAUUUUAAUUUAUUUCCACAAAUAAAUCAAACAAAUGGAAAUAGUAAUCAAUUAAUUGGAAUACCAAUAUCGUAUCAAAUAAUUAAUUGGACAAAUAUUAGAACAGAUAAUGAUGUUGUUAGAUUUCAAAUACGAAUAGCUGAAUCUAUUCAAUCACGUAAUAUUUCGUGUAUUUAUUGGUCAUUUGAUGAAAAUAAUGGUUCAUGGAUAAUGGAUAAUGGAUGUCGUUUUAUUGGAUAUAUUGAUGAUUAUGCUCAAUGUUCUUGUAAUCAUCUUACGCAUUUUGCAUUACUUUUGUUACCUGAAUCGAAACAAAUUAUAGAAUCUUUAUCAACUACUGAACAAUUUAUAUUAACAUUUGUAACAUAUAUUGGUAUUGGUUUAUCAAUAUUUGGUCUUAUUAUGACGUUAAUGACUUAUGCACUUUUUCGAUGUUCACAAAAAAAUCGUCUUCAUGCAUCUUUAUUUAUGCUUUGUUUAUCAAUAUUAUUUGCUAAUUGUAUUUAUAUACCAUUUAGUCUUACAAAACAAAAUUAUGUUUGUAAUAUAUUUGGUUUUUUAUUUCAUUAUUUUUUAUUAACAUCAUUUAUGUGGAUGUUUAUUAUGACUUUUAUUCAAUAUAUGCAUUUUGUUCGAAUUCUUAAUUCAUAUAUUUCACAUUUUUUUAUUAAAUCUACUAUUAUUGGAUGGAUUAUACCAAUAAUUUUUCCUAUUUUAGUUUUACUAUUAGAUAAAAAUGGUUAUGUAGGAGAAUUUCGAUGUUGGAUUAAUAAUAAAAUUCUUCUUUAUACUACUUUUCUUGUACCAAUAUCAAUUAUUGUUUCAUGUAAUUUAAUAAUCUUUAUAUUUAUAUUAAAAAGUCUUUGUCGACAUGAUCCAACAAUUCUUACAAAUCAAAAUAAUCGAUCAAAAUUACAAAUAGGUGCAACAAUUUGUUGUUUUGUAUCAAUUGGUUGUACAUGGUUAUCUGGUAUAUUAGUACUUAUUCGAGCAAUUUUUAUACAUCAAUUAAUUUUUUGUAUAUGUAAUACACUUCAAGGUUUUUUUAUAUUUCUUUUUCAUGUUUAUUUAUCAAAACCAAAACGAGAUUUAUGGCAAAGAUUUUUUAUUCAACAUGGUUUUCAUCAACGUUCUCAUUCAUUUACCAAUCGCACCAAACCUAUAACAAGUACAGACCAUAUUACUAGUUUAACACGUCCGAUUCAACUUCAUUUAACACCAAAAUCAUCACUUGAUAAGACACAAGAAAUAUCAAGUGGAAUAAAUCCAAUAUUUACAGAUCAUAAUGGAAAUAAUUCAUCAAAUAAAAAUCAAAUACCACCAAAUCGUCUUUCUGAUCGAAUUCAAAAAACUAAAAUUAAUAUGAACAAUAAUGCUUAA